UUGUUUUAAGCGUACAAUGAUUUUUUAGUAAAUUUACAGUACAACCAUCACCACAAUCCAGUCUUGGAGCAUUUCCAUCACACCAUAAAGAUCUCUACUUUUCCUUUGCAGUCAAACUGGCCUAUUCCCACCCUUAGCCCCAGAUCUGCCUAAUUGGCGUAUUUUGCUGAGUCGAGAUGAUCUUACAGACCCCAGAUAAUCCAGGACCAGACUCCCAGUGAACAUGAACCUGAGGCAUAUACUAUGUAUGUGUUAUCGGUGAGCCAAGUAUGUCCAGGCUGGGUCUGUAUGCGAAGAAUUCCUUCAUUCAUCUACUGAGCAAAACAUAACCGGCUGCCCUACUUGAGCUUAUUAUCUAAAUGGGGCAAAAGCGGUAACCGGUGGCCUCUAUAAAUGGCACGCGUGCAUCAGUACAGGAGGUGAACACACAGCAUUUGCCAGGACGUGAUGAGUAAGGUGUAUCCCAGAGGACCAGCCAGUGUUGUGUGCGCCUGCGCAGCUUUGCGAGCGCCUAGAAACGAGUAACCGAAACCCCGCUCGAGACCUGGCGGUUCUGCUGUUGGGACGCCGCCGUCUCGGACCUGAGCGUCCACCCGCGACACCCAGCGAACCCAGGCUUGAAAAGAUAUAGUUUGGCCGUGGGGCCUCCCAAAAAAGACCCAAAAGUUAAGGGUGUCCAGUCAGCAGCCGUACAGGCUUUUCUCAGAAGAAAACAAGAGGAGGUCAGACGAAAAGCCUUAGAAGAAAAAAAGAGAAAAGAAGAACUAGUGAAAAAGCGAAUUGAGCUAAAACAUGACAAGAAAGCAAGAGCUAUGGCCAAGAGGACAAAGGAUAAUUUCCAUGGCUACAAUGGAAUUCCUGUUGAGGAAAAGUCAAAGAAGAGGCAGGUGGUGGAAAGCCACACUAGCCAGGGAACAGACCAAGAGUACGAGAUGGAAGAAGAGGAUGAAUACUUAGAAUAUAAUCAAGCAGAGUCAGAGUAUGAGGAAGAGCAAGAACCUCCCAAAGUUGAAAGCAAACCAAAGGUCCCCGUUAAAAGUGCCCCACCACUCAUGAACUUCACUGAUCUGCUGAGGCUGGCUGAGAAAAAGCAGCAUGAACCAGUGGAGAUUAAGGUAGUGAAGAAAACAGAAGAACGGCCUAUGACUGCAGAGGAACUUAGGGAGCGAGAAUUUCUUGAACGAAAGCAUAGGAAAAAGAGGCCUGAGACAGAUGCGAGACUACCUCCAAUCAAAAAGGCACCCUCUCAGAAAGACAGUGUGGGCACAAAACUUAGCAAGGUUUCUGGGGACAAGCAUCCUUCUUCCAAGGGUACUCCCCUUCCUCAUGCUGAGAAGAAAUCCAGACCCAGCAUAGGGAAUGACAAACACUUAGGUUUGUCUUCAUCCAAAUCCAUGCCAGGAGAGAGGACCAAAGCAGGAUCUGGCAAAUGCUCCCAACCCUCGCUUCGUGAGGGCCAUGACAGACCUGUCUUCAAUGGGGCUGGAAAGACCCACUCAAGCACCUCUUCACCACAUGUCCCAAAGACUCCUGCUAAAGGGACUCAGAAAUCUGCUACUGAGCACAAAGCCAAAAAAUCUCCUCCCUAUCCUAGCCAUUCCAGGCCUGGGCCCACGGUCACCCCACACAAUAAGGCUAAGAGUCCAGGUGUCAGGCAGCCAGGCAGCAGCUCCAGCUCAGCCCCUGGGCGGCCCAGUGCAGGAACUGCCCGGCCCACACUUAGUUCUGGCCCCCUGCCCAGGCGCCAGAAUGGCAGCUCCAGCUUAGGACCUGAGCGAUCAGUCAGUGGGACCAAGAAGCCAGCCAGUGACUUGCAUCCCUCUGGACGGAUAGUCAGUGGUACACGUGGCCCUGGACGACCUGUAAGCAGCUCAAGUGGUCCUGGGCGACCCAUGAGUGGCUCGGGUGGUUCUGGGAGACCUGUGGGCAGCUCUGGUGGCCCUGGGCGGCCUGUGAGCAGUCCACGUGACCUUCAACGACCAAUGAGCGGCUCAGGCCCCCUUGGGCGGUCAGUGAGUGGCCCUGGGCGAUCAGUAAGUGGCUCGGUUCCAGCUGGACGGACUUUCAGUAGUUCAGGGCCUGGAAGACCAGUGAGCAGCUUGGGACCUGGGCGAACAGUUAGUAGCUCAGGUCCCCCCCUGAAGCCCAAGUGCACUGUUGUCUCAGAAACAAUUUCUUCCAAGAAUAUCAUUAGCCGGUCCAGCAAUGGACAGAUGAAUGGAAUGAAGCCUUCCUUAGCUGGCUACAGAUCUGCCCAAGGUCCUCAAAGGCCUCCCUUCCCUAGUGGUUACAAAAGGCAGCGAGAAUAUGAAGAGGAGGAAGAUGAUGAUGAAUAUGACUCUGAAAUGGAAGAUUUUAUUGAAGAUGAAGGAGAACCUCAGGAAGAAAUAUCCAAGCACAUUAGAGAAAUCUUUGGCUAUGACCGAAAAAAAUACAAAGAUGAAAGUGAUUAUGCCUUACGUUACAUGGAGAGUAGCUGGAAAGAGCAGCAGAAGGAAGAAGCAAAGAGUUUAAGACUAGGUAUGCAAGAAGACUUGGAGGAAAUGAGACGUGAAGAAGAAGAAAUGAGACGUCGUAAGGCCAAGAAGCUGAAGAGGCAUUAGCUGCUGCUUUUAUUUAUUUUUGUGAAAUUCUGGAGACACUCUGCUGCAAGGACUUGCUGCCUUCAGACUGAAGAAGCCCCCUUAGCAUUUUAGAUUUAUACUUGGGUACUCAAGGAGAAGGAAUGUAUACUGUCAUUUGCAGGCUGUCAUUUGAGCAUAAAGUAUUUUCGGAUACUUUCCAGGGUGAAAUCUGUAAUGCAGAUGAUAUAAUGCCCAGUGAGUGCUCUUAUCAAGUUAACUGUCCACAGGUGCCAGCCUUGAUCCUGAUGAGCUAUGCACUCUAAUGUGGGGCCGCUCACCAGUCAGCCGAUCUUAUAUUAUUCCUUUGCUACUUUAAAAAGGAAAAAAAAAGGAUUGCCUCUUGACUUACAUAAUUCUGCUGAUGUGUGAGUAGGGCUCUGCCCGGCUCCCAAUCAAACUUUCUUUGUCUUUUUAUGAGGAACCUGGCCCUUCCAUGAAUGUUGCCAGCAAUAAAGUGACCUGUCCUAAUCUAUGUUUGGAUUGAGAACUUGAAAAUGUGGACUUUAUAAUUAUCAUAUGGAUGUCAUCUCUGUGACUUUGAAGUAAAAAGUAGAAUAAAUUAUAUUGUAUUCUGCAUUUUUCAUGGAUUGGAUGCUGAGCAUUCUUAUUCACUAAUUUAGGUGAUUAGGCAAUUAACAAAAAUCUUUCCAAGUUAAAAUACAUGUCAUUUAGUAUAAGAAUAUUCUUUUCCAAGUUUUCCUUUUAGAUUUACUGUUAUGUUGGCUUUAAUGUAAAAUAGACAAGGUCACUGUGCUGAUUUUUAUCUAAAAAUUCAUUUUUAUAUUGAAGAAAAAAUAUUUUAUUCAAACAUUAGACUUGGAAGAGGAAUACUUUAAAACAUGAGGAGGUAACAUGUGAGGCUCCCUCUUCUCCAUGCCCCUCCCCCAGGAAAAGAUAUUUUGGAAUCCAAGGUGCCCUUGUACCUCUUGAUGUUAACGGCUGCAUUUUUAUCUUCAAUUCCUUAGCAAUUAAUGGCAAAAACCAAAAACUAAAUUCACGUGUCUCAAGAGCACCACCUUCUCUCUUUGCCCAUGUUGCACUUUUAUUUCAAACUAUGCACUGUGAAGAGAUGUUUUCCCAGGUAGAAAACGAUGUUCCCUACUACUGGUGUUCUACUGGGCUGUGGAACUUUCUUCAUUUUCACCUUCAAGUCAUAUCUAUAGACUUGAUAGCUCUUAAGCCUCAAGUCCAGGCAAUUCCAAUCAGGCUGAACUGUGUUCUGGCUGGAGAGAAACCAAGUCUCAAGGAAAAUCAACAGAAAAUGAGAUAUGAUGAUGCCAGAGAGCAUUUGUCUUUGAUUCUAAAUGUGGAGGGAUCGGGACAGUGGGACAUAAGCUUGUAAUGAGCAUUGGCUAUCUGAAGCCAUUGGACAGGGGGGAUUAGGAAGUUGGAGAGGUUGUCCUACAGAGAAUCCUUACUCUUCAACAGGUCCAAAAGUUGUUUUGUGUAUUCCUUUUUAUCCAUAAAGCUUCCUUUAUUCUUCAGGUUUGGGUAUUACAGGUUACCAAUGUUCACCUCCCUUAAUGGGACAACCAUAUGACCCAGUCCCUUAAGACUCGGACUGAUUUUGAAUUGAAUUUCAAACUUUGAAAGUGCAAGGAUUUAAUUUUGAAGUUGAAUCCUAUGAAAUGUGUCUUCAUCACUAGGAAUAACACCCUUCCUAAUGCUCCACAUAGAACUGUUACUGGUGGCAGAAAACGCUAUUGACUGCCUCUCACCCAGCUCAAAUACCCUCAGUGAAACUAACGGGAGUGUGAUGUUCCAUGUAGUAAAACAGGUUUGGAAUGUUAUUUCCUUUGCUGUCACUUAUUUUUUUUUUUUUUUCAAAAGUUGUUUUCUUGGAUAUAUUUCUUUCAAUAUUCAGACUCUUUGAAGUCUGUAAUUACAAUCAAGUGCUUGUCAUGGCUGAAAGAGUUCUGGUGGCUUAAAGUUUACUAGCACUUUACUCUGAUGUUGUGCAGUUAUUUGUACAGAAAGGCACCAGUGUGCUAGAUACAAGUUUCAGAGCUUGGUAGAAGAGUCCCUAUUUGUCCGUCACUUCUGAGUGCAUUUCUUGUAAAGUACAAGUGUUUAUUUUAGUAUUCUUCAUCAGCAUUAUAGAAGGGCACUUCUGUAGCUCAUUAAAAACAAAAGUUCUGAGUAAGUCUGUUAAUCUUGGCCUUGUUUCCAAAUCGUGUCUUCCAUUUUGUUCUGCAAUUCCUGACCACUCUUACAAGAAGCUCACAAAUCUUUGAAGAAACUGGAAUAGGCUGUUAUUUUGCCAAGGUUUACAAAUUGCUUGAUUUUUAAUGUAUCCUCUACUGUUUGAUUUUCAGAUUUUAUUAAUUCAAUAUUUAAUAAGAUGUGCCUUUUAUUGGGUAAUGUUAAUUCACGAAUGUAGUGAUGUUAUUUCACGAUUGUAAUAAUGUUACAUGAUCAAUGGGUGUGGCAUUCUCCAACAGGUGAUGUGAAAGGAAAGUAGUUUUCAUAAAACUCAUACGGCUCUGAUUGCACAGUCCUGCUUGCUUUUGAUGUUUCUAUGUCAAAGCAAAGGGCACUUUCUUUCAAGGCUACUUUCAGAACUUUAUAUUUUCUCUAAACUAUAAAUGCAAUUAUGUCCAUUUGGAGGCCAGGGUACCACAUGUCACAGGCAGCCUUACAUGUGUGCCAUGAGAAGUUUCAAAGACUGUUAACAAAAAAGAAAGUCUGUGGGAACUCAAAAUUUCAUUUUUUUAAUGUAAUCCCCAAGAUUUUCUCCAAGAAAUAAAUUACUGUUUUGUAUUUUGUAACUUAAAAGCAGCUAUAAGUACAUUUCUGAGAUAUAGCAGGAGACCAAAACAUGUUUGGAAAGAGAAUAAAUAUAUGAAGAGAGACUGGUUGGUUUAUUUUCAAUGUGCUGAAUAUAUUAGACUACUAUUUAUUUUGUGAGUGGAUGUGAUGAAAUAAAUAUUCAGGUGUUUAGUGUAUGAUUAAGAGUGGGAUAUAGAUUUCUUUGGAGUUAUUAAAUCCAUCAUGUCUUUUACAUAAUGGACAAAUCAAGUUUAAAAAAAUUUCCAUAGUUUAGCUUGUUUUCUGGUGCUGUUUGACCUGCAAGAGAAUCUACUUUUGCAUACACAGGUGAAAGUUUUGCAAUUUAUGUAUAAAAGAAAUUGUAGGCAUUAAAAAUAUUUUAUU